AAAAAAACCAAACCAACACCUAACCGUCAACUCUGUUCAUCUUCAAAAAUCAAAUAAAUUAAUCAGAAAACAAAUCCACAAGAAAAUGGAAGGAUUGGUUUCACCUAGGGUUUCUCUUAGAACUAUUCCUUCACUUCAUUUCAAAUCCAAUUCCUCAAUUAACCGCUUAUUCAACCUCAAUUCUCCCAUUAACGCCCGUUUCUCCAAUUUAUCAGUCAGAGCUCAACAGCCGGAGACAGAUGGUACAGUGGUAAAAGAGGAGUUGGAUGAAUCGAGUGUGCUAAAAGUGAAGGAAUGGGAAGUGAAUAUGUUUCAUAAUGAAGUGGCUGCUAUUCAAGGGAUUCGAAUUAGGCGCCGCCCGCCUACUGGGCGGCCUUUGCAUUAUGUUGGACCGUUCGAGUUUCGUAUUCAGAAUGAGGGCAAUAUUCCUAGAAAUAUUCUUGAGGAAAUUGUUUGGCAUAAGGAUACUGAAGUUGCUCAAUUGAAAGAGAGAAAGCCUCUUGCUCAAUUGCAUAAAUCUUUGGCGAAUGCUCCUCCUACUAGGGAUUUUGUUGGAGCUCUUAAGGCAGCUAGUGCUCGAACUGGGUUUCCGGGUUUGAUUGCUGAAGUUAAGAAGGCUUCGCCAAGUAGAGGGAUUCUAAGAGAGGAUUUUGAUCCGGUUGAAAUUGCCCGAGCUUAUGAAAAGGGUGGCGCUGCAUGUCUUAGUGUGUUGACUGAUGAAAAGUAUUUUAAGGGGAGUUUUGAAAACCUGGAGGCCAUAAGGAAUGCAGGAGUUAAGUGCCCACUGUUGUGUAAAGAGUUUAUCAUAGAUGCAUGGCAGCUCUACUACGCUCGGGCUAAAGGCGCAGAUGCUGUUCUUUUAAUUGCUGCUGUUUUGCCUGAUCUUGAUAUCAAGUACAUGACUAAGAUAUGCAAAAUGCUUGGUUUGGCAGUACUUGUCGAGGUGCACAAUGAGAGGGAAAUGGAUCGUGUUCUCGGAAUAGAGGGAAUUCAACUUAUUGGUAUCAACAACCGUAAUCUUGAAACAUUUGAGGUCGAUAUCAGUAAUACAAAGAAGCUCCUUGAAGGAGAACGUGGUCAACUUAUCCGAGAAAGAGACAUAAUUAUAGUUGGGGAAUCCGGUCUAUUUACUCCCGACGAUAUUGCUUAUGUACAAGAAGCUGGUGUGAGAGCAGUUUUGGUUGGGGAAUCUCUUGUGAAACAGAGUGACCCUGGGAAGGGAAUAGCUGGACUUUUUGGUAAAGAUAUUUCAUUGUGAAUCAAAAAAAGGAAUGGAAUAGCUGUUGUUACAGCAGCAGCUGCCAUAGUAAUAGAACUGGCAUAAACACAGCUCAUUCAUCAUCAUAUGUAAUUUCUGCACCUCCGGACGCCUUUCUUAAUUUUAUUUUUUUAGAAAUUGAAUUUAACAUUUUACUUCAUAAAAUGUAUUACCAAAUCUUUGUUGUUGUAACUCAUCAAAACACACUGAAUAAUUAUUGAUAUCGGUUUCAGAACAUUGAUAAUCUAAAAUAAUUUAUAAAACAAAAAUUUAUUUUA